CGACGACGUUAGGCUUGAACAAAAUUUGCAGGGGCCGACAGUGGACUUCACAGAUCUUGAAAAGUGUGAUCGUUUGAAUGUUAACCCGAAAGGAUGGGCAAUAGUUUCAGCGUGGACAAUUUCAGAGAUGGCUACACCAAAUUGAAAAAUUGGCUCGUGAAAUGUCUCACGGAAGCAAAAGCUGCCCUCAAACGUAUUUUUGAGCGCGCAAUCGCUGGAAUCCAGUGGUUAUGGAAAGGUGUAUUGUCCGCCGUGGAAUUUUUAGGUUUGCGGAAGAGGAGAGCGGAGGCCGCCUGUGGUGCUGAUGGUCAGGAGGUUCCUGAAGAGACCUCUGAGGAGAGCGAAUUACGAGCACCUGUGCAAGAGGAAAGCAACCAGGUGACAGCAGAAACUGAUCAAGUCUCGGUUAAAUCUAACCUUUUGACCGAGGAGGAAGAGGUUAGAGAGGAACAGUGUCUCCUUUUCAUGGAGAACGCUGCUGAUACUAUGAAAAACUACGCCAACAGUUACAGGCAAAUGAAAGAAGAACACAGGCAACACGGAAAUAAUGAAAUUUUAGCACGCAAACUGGACCGUUUGAACAGGGAUCCCGCUGUCAAGAAUGCUAUAAUGCUUGCCAAGAAUUUCCUACACGGUCAAAACAGAAUCCCUGAAAAUGUAUGCCUGUAGUCACUAAGGUGUCUUAAAAUGGUUUGCUAUCACCAUCAUUGCCACCAACCCUUUUACAUUAAUUACUGAUGUGACUUAAGGUGACCAUUUUUUCUUCAUAUAUAUAAAUUUACCAUGGCAACAUGUAUGUCAUACAACAUCUUUCAGUAUUGAAUUUUUUAAAGAACCUCGCAGAAAGAUUUAUCUUGCUUGUUAGGUUCAUUCCAAGUUCAACUACAAGCGAACGAGAAUCUCCGCAACUUGUUAGAUUGGGAAUUAGGAUUUUGCACCAUAUUGGCGAUUAAGUUAUUCUCAUCCUCAGAGUUACAUCAUAGAAGCUACGGAUUUAAGUUUGUUAGAAGUAUUUCAUCGAACUUAGCUAAGUACGUAUAAAAUUAAGGUAUCGUGAGUAAUUGCUCAACUGCUGUUUGUUAUUGCAUAUCAAGGAGUCACGCUUUUGUAGAAGUAAAAUAUAUGUGGACUGAUUGUGUGAUUUGAUGAGAAAUUUAAACAUUAAAAGGGUGGCAUGAUUGAG